AAGCUACCGACGAACCCGGGUUUAGACAUGAUAGAUAUCAAUGACUUGCAUCAUGUGGUUCCUACGGCAAGAGGCGGCCACCGGCCGCUGCCUCGCACCCACUUUCGAAAGGAGUAAGCAGAAUGGCCCCGUGAUUGGCGGUCCACGGAAGCCUUGAUUCGUCAAAAUUAGGCCUUGCCUGGACCCAUGUCUCUACUUCUAAAAACGCCGUCGGUUGCUAUCAGCACUUGAUUUCUUCUCGAUAAACGUAUCGCAGAAAGUUCAUGCACGACGCCUCAUUGAAGCCCUUGAUUCCGCACAUAUCGAAUCGUCGCUGCACUAGGGCUCGCCCUUUGCCUCCCAUCUCUUUCAAAGUACCCAUGUCCGCCGUCCCAUGGUGCCACCUCGGUCGUCAAGGGUCGUCUUUUCGAUCGAGGACGGGGCCUCAAAAUCCGUCUCUAAAUCCGUGUUUGGUCUUAGCCAUUGCAACCUCCACGUGGUGGGAGUCGUAAAUAAGCAGAGGACAGAGCGUGCGUGUCCCCGUCAUCGAAACUCGCAUCCCCCUUGUUCGCGUUUUUUUCGGUACAGACAUGAAGGCUGUCGUCGCUGCCCUCGCUCUCGUUUCAUUCGUCGCUGCUGAUCGCACCUUUACCAUCCACAAUGCUUGCCCGUUCACGAUCUGGCCUGCGAUCUUCACCUCGGGCGGAAGUGCGCCGAACUACCCGACCGGCUGGGUUGCCGAAGCGUCGACCUCGGUCUCCAUCUCAGUCCCCGAGAACUGGAACGGGCGGUUCUGGGGCCGCCGGAACUGCGACUUCUCCAAGACGAAUGGUCCGACGUCCUGCCUGACGGGUGGCUGCAACGGUGGCCUGCUGUGUGACACCAAGACCGGCACGGGCGUUCCUCCCGCCACCCUGGCGGAGUUCAACCUCGGUGCGAACGGACAGGACUUUUACGAUGUUUCUCUCGUCGACGGGUACAACCUCCCUGUGCGCAUCGAGAACACCGCCGGCUGCGUCGUACCCGAGUGCGCCGUCGACCUCGGCCCCGGGUGCCCGGCGAACCUGAUCGGGCCGUUCGACUCGACCGGGUUCCCGGUGGGCUGCAAGACCGCGUGCUACGUCGAGUCGCUCGCGGGCAACGCCGCGAACUCGCACAACUGCUGCAGCGGCGCGUUCGACACGCCGCAGACGUGCCCGUCGUCCGGGGUCCAGGAUUACAGCUACUUCAAGGACGCGUGCCCGACUGCAUACGCAUAUGCGUACGACGAUCUGACCUCCCUGUUCUUGUGCGACAGCGCCCUCAAGCCCGAUUACACCGUCACGUUCUGCCCUCCCGCUUAGAUUAUUACCUCCACUGUGCUAAAUCCCAGCUAAUUACCACACAAUUAUGACUCGCUCGCUGUCCUUAUUCCCAAUCCGCGGCAGAAUGAUGAUUCCGACAUCGCUGAAGUCUCUGCUAGUUGCUAGAAACGGCCUGGUGAUGCGCUGGUUGCAAGCCCUCGGCUAUGGACACACCAGCAGCGGGCUCUUGUUCUUUUUCGACCGUUUUGGGAGGGGCAAUUGCCGCGCAAACUGGGGGAA